AUGCCCACCAUCCCAAUGCUAGCUGAUGCGUUAAGAAGAGUGCUACUAACAGGCUGCAGGUGCGUAGAACUGGACUGUUGGGAUGGUGAUGAUGGGAAUCCCGUGAUAUACCACGGCCAUACAUUCACUACCAAAAUACCAUUUCGACGGGUAGUUGAAACUAUUGCCAGAAGUGCCUUCGUAACGUCUCCAUAUCCCCUGAUAUUAAGCAUUGAGAACCACUGCAGCCUGCCCCAGCAGCAAGUGAUGGCGAGCACGUUUGAGGCAGUGUUUGGAGAGCAAUUGGUAACCUCUUUUCUGUUCGAUGUUGACUACACGGACGAGCCACGGCUGCCGAGCCCAGAGCAACUCAAAUAUAAGGUGCUGAUAAAGAACAAGAAACUAUUUCCAAUCGAGUCCAGUCCCACCAUGGGCUUAACAGGUGCGACGUCAGUCCAUGGAGGAACACUGUCAUCUACCUACAGGGCAAAUGGUCUCCGCCAUACCACUUCAUCCCUUCCAGACGCCAGCAACCGAAGCAGUUCCAUCAUGUCUAACCAAUCAGCUGGCUCUUCACUCACAGAGUAUCUGUCUGAUGAUGAUUACGAAGAAGAUGAUGACUUUGAAGAAAAAGAAUUAAACAAAAUCUUAAAUUCGAUGGAGGAGAAGACUGGACGCUCUCUGUCACUCUACCAGAGUUUUCGUAGGAGUGAGGGUGAUGGUGACACAUCUGGAAGUAUGAAGCACUCGGCCAGGAAGAGGAGUAACCAAAUCGCAAGAGAACUAAGUGAUAUGGUCACAUAUGUACAGGCAAUAAAAUUCCGUGGACUCAGUCCCCUGUCACCACGCAGUUCUGUGAAACAGCCGAACACUGUGAAGGACAAUGCGGCGCCCUGUAGCAGCUUCGAGUCUUCGGAAAGCAGUGAUUCGCAACACCUUAGCGGGCAUAAAGGUCGCUGCCUCAACGCGCCAGCGAUACAUCAUCCAUGCUACAGGUGUUCGUCAGUUAAUGAGGCGAUUGCGAAGAAGAUUUGCAGAAAACAUCCUUUGGCCAUCAUCGCUCAUACAGAGAGUCAGCUGGUUAGGACUUAUCCCGCCGGCCUAAGAAUAGACUCGUCAAACUUUGAUCCCGUGCUAUUCUGGUCGUGUGGGGUGCAGCUUGUGGCCCUCAACUAUCAGACAGAGGACGCCGCGAUGGCGGUAAACGCCGCCAUGUUUGAGAGCAACGGUUGCCAUGGUUACGUCAGAAAACCGCGGGUUAUGUGGGAUCCCGGCCAUAUUGCGUAUAGAAGGUUUAACCCAAUGGACAAGGAGUUCGAUGGUAUACACGCUGCCCAUCUCACGUUGGGCGUUAUAUCUGGUCAAUACGUCGCGGAGAACGUCUACUCCUUCUACAAUGCGUAUGUGGAGGUGGAGAUGUUGGGUGUACCUGCUGAUUGUAAGAAGAUUAAGACGAAGGUCGCGAGGAAGAACGCCCUCAACCCAAUAUGGAACGAGACUUUUACGUUUAAGGUGAAUUUCCCCGAACUCGCCCUAAUAAGAUUCGAGGUGUACGACGCGGACACAAACUACAUGCUGUCACAGCGCGUCAUUCCCCUCCUUUGUUUGCGGCCGGGGUACAGACAUGUGAGGCUACGGUCUCCAACAAACCAGCCAUUGAACAUGGCGUCUCUGUUGAUCUUCUCGCGAUGCGCUGAAGAGUUAGCAGGGGAAUCGUCCAGGACGGAUAUGGACCCGACGUCGCCCACUCAGAGGAGGAAAAUCCACUUUGUGGUGGUGCAUGCGGUGCUGAUGAGCGAGCCCUACUCCAUCUUGAAGGUCACACAUGAUACGACGACAAAUGAGGCAAUAGCACAGUGCCUCACAAAAGCAGGCAUCUGUCGUUCAGCGCGCGCCAACUAUGUAUUAGUGGAAGAGGUCCCUUCAAGGACUCCAACCCAGAGAGUGCUGGGUCCAAACGAAAGGGUGUUAAGGGCCUACAAACCUGGAAGUCGAAUGGUGCUGAAGAGGAUCGGAGACGACCCAAGCAGCAGGGCCUGGUUGACGAGUAUUAGGUCAGCAUCAAACAAGCCCCAAUCACUUCCGUCUGAUGAAGAGUCACAGGAAGACAGUCGGAAAUCGGACAAUUUCUUAGUCUGCGUUCAUAAUGUUUGUCAUGAGAUACCGUAUGCUAUACUAAAAGUUCCGCUGACAGCAUCGGCGUCCUAUGUCAUCUAUCAAGCUCUUACUAAAGCAAGAUGUACGGACGAUCCUAAGAGGUUCGUGUUAGUAGAGGAGUUGGAAUGGGGGGGACGAGCUAAUUCCGGUCCCCAGCACAGAGCAUUAGCUGAUGAUGAAGUGGUAUACACAGCACAGGCAAAUUGGAAAACCUUGGGCAGAUUUGUCCUACAAGAAAAAGGCUGUUCGGUGCCCAUGCAGAUACCAAGGCAUCGAGCCUGUAUAGCGAGGAUCCAACGGGGUCUCAGUAUGACGAGGGGGGCUAUAACAGGUACAACCGGAUUUCCGCUAGUAAGCAGUAUGACGUCACACGAUACCAUAGAGAAGACCCCGGUACAGACUGCAUACAGCGAUCCCACACAUUGCAGAAGAGUAUCAAAUGCUCUGGCGAAAGGAUUAGGUCGGUCUAAAGGACAUUCGGAUAGAGACAUACGAUUCUUACAAAGGAGAUCUGGUUCCAGAGACGUCCAGUCGGAAGGUGAAACCAGUGCUUCACUAGGAACGGAGGCUUUUGCGGCGCAAAUGGCUCGAUUCAAGAGAGUAUCCUUACGGAAGUUGCGCGCUUGGAGAUCCUGA